GAGUUGCGCCUUGCCUUGACUUGUUCCCGACCCGGAGGAGAGCGCGCUCUCGCACGCAAAACUGGACUGGACGCCACUAAGGCUCCUCACAGAUAGUGUGGCAGCCCAUCUGGCAGCAGUAUGAAGCGGCCCCACGACGACAGUGACUCCGAUUCCUGCGUAGAUUUGACCGAAGAGCCGCCGGCAGACGUAAAGCCAAAGCUGCCAGAGCCCCACGUCUUCGACGUCGACGAGGAUCCAGUCCAGGCGCCGAUUCGACGCGGCUUGCUGCUGCGGAGCACGCACAGUGGCUUCUACGCCGCGCGUUCGACGAAUAAAACUAACGGCCGGCAGUCGUCGCGCGUGCUAUUGGUUGCGCGACAAUUCGACGGGGAAAUGAGGCACGAUACCCCAUUGCUACUCGCAGAGAGCGACAUUUUCGUGCGAGGCGAGGCGCGACAGUUCUCGCUGAGGGGCCCAGCAGUCUCGCGCCGAGGCGAGGUGGCCAGGGAGCUUGGACUCAAGCUGACGAUCGGGUCGAUAGACAUCGUCAGCGACGACGAGGAGAUAACCCUGAUCAUCUCGGCCGACGGCGUGGUGGAGACACGGAGCGGGUCGCGCCUCCGUCGCGUCGGCGAGCUGAGCUUUGGGGAAAAUCCGCCAGAUGUCAAGGUCUGGGCCACAAAGAUGCUCGCGAAGGCGCUCCACCCGAACGCGAUGGAUCACAAAGAUCCGGACUUGGACGGCUCCGUCCUCGUCGAGGCCUCCGCGCUCGACUUCGACGUCGUCGCCGGCGUGGACGAGUCACAGUAAGACACAAAUCACACA